UGCAAUAACCUGAUGGACCAGAGAUGUUAUCUCACGAAGGAUGGGUUCGAAGCAUCUUUAAAGCUUAGGAGGCUUCAGGAGGUGUUCAGUCUUUACCAAUCCUGGCAGAGCUGCUACAGAACAAACAGAGAGAGUAGUAUGGCCAACGAAAUCUGGAGAGUGGACCUCCACUGCAAGACCAACAAUGCUGCUCAUAACACCGAUGAAAUCACCACAAGGCAGCUAAUUGUGAGACGAGGACAGCCAUUCUCCAUCACACUGGAGAUGGCCUUUGCUUUCCAGACAUCAGAUAUACUUCAACUCACGGUGGAAACAGGUUGUUUUCCCUCACAAAGCCAAGGGACCAAAUGUACUUUUACUAACCGAGCUCCCACGUGUGUUGCUGGAAGUAAAGUAAUCUGGAGCUGCAAAGUUGAUGACAGGUCCGUCCUCCACAGGGGAAUUGUGAUCCUUUCAGUGACCCCUCCAGCCGAUGCUCCAGUGGGGAGGUACUCCCUGUUUGCAGCGCUUAAAAGUGGGACAGCCGUGAAGGAAAGCCUGGUGGUUCUGUUCAACCCCUGGUGCCGGGACGACUCGGUGUAUCUGCCCGAUGAAAAGGAACGCCAGGAAUACGUGAUGAAUGAACAUGGACUCAUCUACAAGGGGACUGCAUACAACUUUAAUUCAAUAACCUGGGAGUUUGGACAAUUUGAGGAAGAAAUGGUGGAUAUUUGCCUCAAGUUGUUGGAUGUCAACCCAAAUCACCAAAGAGACCCUGAUGGUGACGUUUCAGCUCGAUACAACCCCAUCUAUAUUGGUCGUGUCAUCUGUGCCAUGAUCAACUGCAAUGAUGACAUGGGAGUUUUAGCUGGAUGCUGGGGCAACAACUUUCAGGAUGGUGUUUCUCCCAGUAGAUGGACCGGCAGCGUCAGCAUCCUGCAGCGCUGGUACCAGAACAACUGCAUGGCAGUAAAGUAUGGACAGUGCUGGGUGUUCGCUGGUGUGAUGUGCACAGUGAUGCGGUUCUUUGGUAUACCGUGCCGUGUUGUCACAAACUUCCAGUCUGCUCAUGACACAGACAACAGCCUCACGAUUGACGAGUAUUUUGAUGAGUAUGGAUUCAAACCCAAGCAGAGUUUGGAUAAUAUCUGGAACUUCCAUGUGUGGGUGGAGGGUUGGAUGAAACGACCAGACCUCCAAAAUGAAGCCUGCUACGACGGCUGGCAGGUCAUGGAUCCCACUCCUCAGGAGAAGAGUGAAGGGGUGUUCUGCUGCGGUCCAGCGCCGGUGAUUGCAAUCCACCAGGGGCACACGGACCUGAAGUAUGACAUACCCUUUGUCUUCAGUGAGGUCAAUGCUGAUGUGGUCAAGUGGAUGCUCAAUGCUGAUGGCUCAAAGACAAAAAUUCAUUCUCUCAGCGACACUGCACUGGUGGGCCAGAAAAUCUCCACCAAGGCUGUUGGCAGCUUAACUAGGAAUGAUAUCACAAACACCUACAAAUACCAAGAAGGCAGCCCAAUGGAGAGAGUAGUCUACGAUCAUGCCGUCAGACUGAACUCACAAGGCAAAGGUGUGCUUUGGAUGAACACCUGCCAACUCACUGAGCCAAAAGAGGUGGAAAUGUCAUUAGAAAAGGAAACCAGUUUCAAAAAUGCACAGGAUAUCAAAUUAAACCUGAAAGUGAGCAACAGAGGUAAGACAAAUAAGACAAUGCUCAUCCUCAUUAAUGUCCAAGCCAUGAACUACACUGGAACUCAAGCGAAGAACAUCCUGCAUGCUCAACAUGAGAACACACUGCUGGCUGGACAAGUUGUGAAUCUUCCCAUCCAUAUCCCAUACUCGGUCUACUGUAAGCACACUGGUAACUUUGACAGCAUGAAGGUGUCUGCCCUCACCAAGGACGACAAAGGUGACAUCUAUGGGGCCCAGAUUAAUUUCGCCCUGGAAGACCCGCCCAUCUCUAUUAAGGUGUUGGGUGAAGCAUGUGUGAACCGUCCAAUGACGAUUGAGGUGGAGUUUCAAAACCCGCUGAAUGAGACACUGAGGUGCUGCUGUCUGACCAUCACAGGCUGUGGACUCUUCAGAUCCGACCACUUAGAAAGUAGCUGCAUGGAACUGCAACCUAAUGAGACUUUGAAGGUCCAAAUCAAUACAACCCCCUACAAGGCUGGAAUGAAGACUCUGGUAGCCGACUUUGACUGCAGCGCCUUCAGAGAUGUAAAGGGAAGCUGCACCGUCUACAUCAAGCCCUGAGCCUUUGCCCUGCCGUGUGACCCAUGUUUGGAGUCUCUGAUUCAGGCUAAAGUCAGCAUCGUUUAGAUUUUACCAAAAAAUAUUUACUGAUAAAAUGAUGAUAUAAUCAUGAAAUUAUGCAGGUUUUUACAUUUAUUUUACUCUGUGAACUUUAGGGAAGCUUUAAGUUAGGGUUGGAUGGCAAUAUAUUUUAUGCUGAAUCAUUUUAAUGAUUAAUUUUUAUUCUUAUUAUAUUCAAAAAUGAUGUCACAGAUUGUGAUGGGGGAUACAAAAAGGUGCAAAAAAUUUAAGACCAACAAUAAAUGGUUCUUAAUGCAAAGAC